UUUGACCGAAUGGCAGAUUGCUGAUUUACAAGAGGAGGCGUUUCUUCCUGCUACAAGGAAAGCGUCUUGUCACUGUGGGAUUCUUUCCCCUCACUUUCCUUUUCUCCACCCCUUCGCGCCACAGAGGGCAGCCCGAGACCAAUUUACAAUAACAUAGCGUACCUACUCUUAGAGUCACAACCUUGAGCUACAACUUCACUUUGGUACUUCCAUCCCAUUUAGGCUUCCGAGCGUGGGAGACCCGUGAUGGUCGACAGCAUGGACUUGGAGCAGGAGAAGCGGCAGUACUGUAUCCGUGGCAAGCAUGUUCUCAUCAUUUGUAUCACGGUAGUAGUCUGUUCUUUGGCAGUGGGUCUAGGGGUGGGCCUCUCGAGUUCUGACACGACCACAACAACCACACAGUCGACACCAGCCCCUACAGCAGAGCCUACACUGACCCCUCAACCUGGUAGGGGGCCCUGCGAGCCUUCCAUUGACAGCAGCGGUGAUUGGAAGAACUUUCGUCUGCCUGACUAUGUGAAACCGAUCCAUUAUGACUUGCUGCUGGAACCAGACCUUGUUGAUGAUACCUACACGGGCACCGUGGAUAUCCAAGUGGAAGUCAGCAAGCCCACCCGCCAUCUGUGGCUCCAUAUCAGGGAGACGUUUGUCAGGAACAAGCCCAGGCUAAAGCUGCUGAACAGGCAGGGAGGGCAUAAGCACGUGUCAGUCAAGAGUUGCUUUGAAUAUAAACCUCAGGAAUAUGUGGUGGUGGAAGCUACAGAGGAGCUACCUGUCACAGGCCCUCAGGAAGUGUAUGUGCUCAGUUUGGAUUUCCAAGGGUGGCUAAACGGCUCCCUGGUGGGAUUUUACAGAGUCGUUUACACCGAAGCAGGCAUCAGCAAAAAGAUUGCUGCGACUGAUCAUGAGCCAACAGAUGCCCGAAAAUCGUUUCCGUGCUUUGAUGAACCAAACAAAAAGGCCACCUAUAAAAUCUCUAUCAUUCAUGACGAGACCUAUGACGCUCUGUCCAACAUGCCACAUGAGGGUGCCCCUGACCUUCUGUCUGGCAAUAAAAAGAGGACCUCAUUCCAGAAAUCCAUUCCAAUGAGCACCUAUUUAGUAUGUUUUGCUGUGCACCAAUUCGCUCAUGUGGAAAGAAUAUCUGCCCGAGGAAUUCCACUGAGAAUCUACACCCAGCCGAGCCAGAUAUCAACUGCAACAUACGCAGCAAACACAACCAAGAUCAUUUUUGAUUACUUUGAGGAAUACUUCAACAUGACCUACUCCAUCUCAAAACUGGACAAGAUAGCCAUCCCUGACUUUGGCACUGGUGCUAUGGAGAACUGGGGACUGAUUACCUACAGGGAGACCAACUUGCUGUAUGAUGAGAAACAAUCCUCCUCCUACAAUAUGCAGAGAGUUGCAAGUGUCAUUGCCCAUGAGCUGGUCCAUCAGUGGUUUGGGAAUAUUGUGACGAUGGAUUGGUGGGAUGAUCUGUGGCUCAACGAAGGCUUUGCCAGCUUCUUUGAGUACAUUGGCGUGGAGAAAGCAGAGCCCAGCUGGCGCAUGCGGGACAUAAUGAUCAUCAGUGAUGUGCUUCCUGUGAUGGUGGAUGACGCCCUCCUCUCAUCCCACCCCAUUAUUGUCAAUGUCUCGUCCCCCGCAGAAAUCACCUCUGUGUUUGAUGCCAUAUCAUACAGCAAGGGGGCAUCAAUUCUCAGGAUGCUUGAGGACUGGAUGGGUCGAGAUAAAUUCAGAGCUGGCUGUCAGAAAUAUUUAAAAGAUUACCACUUCAAGAACGCUAAAACCAACAAUUUUUGGGCGUCUUUGGCAGAAGUGAGUUCAUUACCAGUUAGUGAGGUCAUGGACACAUGGACGAAGCAGAUGGGUUAUCCAGUGGUGGAUUUGAGUGUCACAGAGGCGAAUGCCACAUUGAACCAAACUCGUUUUCUCCUGGACCCGAAUGCCGAUGCCAACCAACCUCCCUCACCCCUUGGGUACAAGUGGACUAUACCGAUCAAGUGGCACUCCUUGAAGAGCAAUAAGAACAUGUCAGUCAUGUUUAACAAGAGUAGCACAGAGCUUGUUCUCAAAAACUACUUACCUUCAGUGGAUGGCCUGCUGAAGAUCAACAAUGAUCAUAUCGGAUUCUACAGAGUCAACCAUCAUGCUCAGAUGUGGAACAUGAUUAGCCAACAGCUUCAAAACAACCACUUGGAGUUUAAUGCAGCUGAUCGCACAAGCUACAUUGACGAUGUGUUUGCUCUAUCAAGGGCAGACAUAAUAGAUUACGGCCAUGCCUUCAACCUUACCAUGUACCUAAAAAAUGAGACCGAGUACAUUGUGUGGGACCGGGUGGCCGCCUCUAUCGCCUAUGUUCGGGACAUGCUGUCAGGCAAUGCUGUGCUCUAUCCAAAAUUUCAGAAACUGUUCCGUGAUCAUGUCAAAGCAAUUUCAUCAACACUUGGAUGGAAUGAUGACGGAGCCCAGACAGAGAGGUUACUGCGGGAGACAGUGCUCAGCAUUGCUUGUCAAAUGGGAGAUCAGGAGACAUUGAAUCAAGCGUCAGAAAUAUUUGACCAAUGGAUUAAUGGAAGUAUUAGCAAUGUAGCGGUGAACCUGAGGUUGCUAGUAUAUCGUUAUGGCAUGAAGAACUCUGGCACUGAAGCAAAGUGGAACAUUAUGUUUGAGAGGUACAAAAACACCUUCUUGGCUCAGGAGAAGGACAAGAUACUCUAUGGGCUCGCAUCUGUACAGGAUAUAAAACUUCUUUGGAGGCUCCUCGAAGCCGCUAAAAAUAAAACGGUGGUGAGGAACCAGGAUCUGUUCACUCUGGUGAGAUAUGUGUCCUACAACCCACUGGGUCAGAGCAUGGCCUGGGACUGGACCACACUCAACUGGGAAUACCUGAUUAACAGAUACACUCUCAAUGAUAGGAACCUUGGCCGCCUUUUGAAUCGGCUCUCAAGCAAAUACAACACAGAGCUGCAACUGUGGAAGAUGGAGCACUUCUUCAGUCUGAAUCCCAAUGCUGGUGCUGGGGAGAUGCCAAGGCAGCAGGCACUGGAGACUGUCAGAAAUAACAUUCAAUGGAUCCGGACGAAUGAGAACGAGAUCAGAGUGUGGCUAGAGAGCAAUGUCUAAUAACUAUGUAACACACUUCAGGGAAGUCAACAUAUUUUCAUUGUAUGAAAAUUUACUUC